AUGGCAAUGCCCACGGGUCCGGGCCCCCUCCUGCAUCUCCCGCAGGCCAAGAAUAGAGCUGGGGAUAUGUGUUACCUCAUUAUACAGCAGCUCAUUCUUGAAGGCGUUCAGAGCCACAGGAGGGAGAGGUCGUGGGGGAGAGGAGAGCGGGAGGCAGAGGGGGGGGGGGGGGGGGGGGGGGUGUUUGUAGAGGAAAUGGACCAAACGUGGAGACUGGAGAGACGGCACCUGCUGUCUUCAUCACUAAACAAGCAUCUCUCCUCGGAACAGCUGGACAAAGAAACAAAGUCUUCAGGAUAG